CAGGUCCCUCCCAGUUCACCAUCAGGGUCCAAAUCGACCGGCCCAGCCCAGUGACGACUCUCUCAUUGUCACCGCCGUCUUCUAGUCGUUGUCAUUUACGAGUGUCUGUUGCGUCCGUUUAAUCUUCAUCUUCCAUAGACUGUCGCAUUGGUGUCGUCAUUGUCCCUCGGGGAUUGUACUCGUAUAGUCCAUGCCACAUCCCCGUUACGUAAGAGUCCUUCACAAUUAGGUCAGUGCGACUGUGCUCUCUCUGGUCUAUCGCCAACACCGACUCAGUGCUUCCAGUGAUCUUACCGUGGCUUGGCUGACUACUGUCUCCGCCCCUCCUACAGUUCCUCACCCGCUCCACCCAAACGUAAACACCUUAUCAAACCCAGGUGGUGCAGUAGUUUCCAGGAAACGUAGCCAAGAUGAAGGUGUCUGUGCGCCUGCGUGGGGAGUGGCUGCAGGUACCGUGUAAAACAGGGAAGGAGACAGUGUCAUGGCUCGGGGAGGAGACCCUGAGGAGAUACAUGAAGCUCAAGCCCGCCACCCACGUCCCCAACAAGACUGAAGCAGUGGCCAGCGUCCGCAAGACUCGAGGCGGUGCCAUCUUGGAUCCUUCAGAUAAUGUCAGCGACGUCUUGGAUGAUAAUGACUUCGUGUCUGUUGUUCUGGACAGCGACCGACCCAAUCCUAUAACGGAGCAGGCGGAGGUGAAGUACGUGACGGAGCAAGUGCCAGGUCUCUACACACCCCCGGACGAGUACCUGACGCUGGAUGGCGCCACCCUCACGCCGGAGGACCUCAUAGCGCUGGGGAAGGGCGCCUAUAAGAUCAGGCUGAGUCAGGAGUCGGAGGUGGCGGUGAAAGCUGCUCGUGUGUUGGUAGAGGAGAUCAUCAAGGAGAAGAAAGGUCAGGUCACGAGAGGUCAAAUAGAGCUGACAGUCCAGUCCACUUUGCUGGUGUGGGCAACCCACUCAAGAGACAGGAUGUUGCUGGCCCUCAGGAUCAACGUACUAGCCAAGGGGUGUUCAGGCAUCAGUCACGAGGUCAUCUUACAAUACAUCGAGGCUUUCAAUGAGUCUUGUCUGCCGUGGGUACCAGAGAAGGGGACAGUGGGGGCAUCAGGAGAUCUGGCACCUUUGUCUCACUUAGCACUAGGCAUGAUGGGUGAGGGCAAGAUGUGGAGCCCAAAAACUGGCUGGGGAAAUGCUAAAUAUGUAUUGGAGGCUCACAACCUGAAGCCCGUCAAGCUGAAUGCCAAGGAAGGUAUUGCACUCAUCAACGGGACGCAGCUUAUUACCUCUCUCGGAGCCGAGGCCCUGGAGAGAGCUGAAAUAGUAGCCAAACAGGCGGACGUGGUGGCCGCCCUCACGUUGGAGGUGCUGAAAGGCACCUCCAGGGCCUUCGACAGUGAUGUACACAAGCUGCGUCACCACAAGGGCCAGAUUGAGGUUGCCAGGAGAAUCAGGGCGCUGCUGCACAACGACACAUACUCCUCCGAGAUUGCAGAGUCACACAGGUUUUGCGAUCGCGUACAAGAUGCCUACACCCUCCGCUGCACUCCCCAGGUCCACGGCAUCGUUCAUGACACACUUCACUUUGUCCGUGGCAUCCUUACUGACGAAAUGAACUCUGCUACUGACAACCCCCUGGUACUGUCGGAGAGGAAGGAGAUCAUCAGUGCGGGGAAUUUCCACGGCGAGUAUCCAGCUAAAGCCGCCGACUAUCUCGCUAUUGGUAUACAUGAAAUAGCCAGUAUGUCUGAGAGGAGGAUUGAGCGUCUCGUUAAUCCAGCCUUGAGCGAGCUGCCAGCGUUCUUAGUGAAGGAUGGAGGUCUCAACUCGGGUUUUAUGUUGGCUCACUGUACGGCUGCCUCUCUAGUGUCGGAGAACAAGGUGUUGUGUCAUCCGGCCAGCGUAGACUCCCUCACCACUUCGGCAGGCACAGAGGACCACGUAUCUAUGGGAGGGUUCGCUGCACGUAAGGCUCUCAUGGUGGUAGAAAACGUAGAGCGGGUAAUCGCCAUAGAACUCUUGGCCGCUUGUCAGGCUAUCGAGUUCCUCCGACCACUCAAGACCACCACCCCCCUGGAGGAGGUCAUCAGGGUCGUUCGCUCCGUCUCCAGUGCCUUCGAUAAAGACCGCUUCAUGGCCCCAGAGAUCAACAUCACCACCGAGCUGAUUAAGGACAACAAGAUCUGGAAUGCUGUGAAACACCACAUAGAACACUACCACCACGUCCAGGACGUGGAGACUCGUGUGUUCUCCCCCAGCAUGAGUUUCAUCGGCAGUGGUCCCCCUCGGCCCCUCAAGCGGGGGAUCAACAACGGUGGGGGUCCACGCUCCCCUGCACACCUAAAGAGGCAGCGCACCUCCAGCAGGAACAACCCCUAGACCGACACCAACCUGUAACUAAUAUGGACAACAAGUACCAGCGCCAAACACCGAUGCUGAGGGAAGGAGCGUCAGCUGCAGUACAGGAACGACAAGACCAAGUGUAACAACAUCAGCCCUGGACAAUUAAUACAGACCAAUGCCAUAAUUAAUAAUUUGUUGGAGAAACAAGAACGAUAAAUAGUAGUAAAAAAAAAGCCGCCAGACAGGAAACUUAUAUAAAUCUCACACGCUAUGUAAUUGAAAAUAUUGUUACAUCUAUAAGCUUACACCCACAGUAGUUUUUUUUUAUAUAAAAUAAAUUGCCUGGCUUUGUUAAGUCAAGCAAUGUUUUCUUUUUCUUUCCUCCUUUUUAAAGUACUGUACGGCUUACAUGGACCAAUAACACAUCUUGGUCACCAUUGUUUUUGGUAACACAUGGAAUACUCGACUGAUGUAAAUCAAUGAAUAUGUUGAUAUUCGCGAUGUGUACUGUACAACAUAUAAGUUGAGGAGAUGGGCAAAUACAUGUGGAUGUUUCUA